AACAGACUGACCAUGCCUGGGCUGAAGUUUGAUAACCUGCAGGGUGAUGCUGUAAAAGACCUCAUGGUUCGAUUCCUUGGAGAGCAGGCAGCCUCAAAGCGCCAAGUUCUUACUGCCAACUCUGUGGAGCAGUCCUUCAAUGGCCUGAAACAGCUUAUCACCAGUAAGAACUGGAGGGCCGCUGUAGCGUCCUUUAUAAAUGAUGAUGGCGUGAGGUAUUUCCCUCUUAAAGUGUUGCAUUUGUACUUGGAUAAAUGCGGCACUGACGUCUACCUGGUACCGUUUGUGUUUCAGCUGUGGUUUGUGCGACUUUCUCUUCUCACUAAGCUGAACCUCUUCCAAAACGCUGAGCUGGAGAUUGAACCCUUUGGCAACCUGGACCACCCAGAUCUGUACUACGAGUACUACCCCACAGUUUACCCUGGAAGGAGAGGCUCCAUGGUGCCGUUCUCCAUGCGGCUGCUACAUGCUGAGAUCCCCCAGUACCUGGCCAAGCCCCAGGAGGCUCUGGACCGCCUGCACAAUCUCAAAACAGUCUGCCUGGCUAUCCUGGAGAACUUGGAGAAAGGCUUGGCUGAGGAUGGCUCCAUGAUCACCCUGGCACAGGAGAACGUUCAAGCUUCUCUUCAACUGUGGCAGUCUCGCCUCAGCCGGGUCAUGUACUCCAUGGCCAACUGUCUGCUGCUGAUGAAGGUAGGUCCUCACGCCUGUGUGUGUGUGUGUCCCACCCCNGCCGUGGAGACCUAUCACUCCAUCAUUCAAUAUGAACCUCAUCAGAAAGUCCAGCUGCUGAGUGGGAUCGGACGCAUCUUCCUGCAGAGCGGAGACGUAAACAUGGCAGAGAGGUACUUCCAGGAUGUGGAGAGAAGCUGCCAAAUGACAGGCAGCCAGUCCAGUCACACCACGUGCGUGCUGAUGAACAGGGCUUUUGUCUCCCUCAGUCAAAACAACUAUGCUGAAGCACACGCUUCGUUCACCGAACUCUUAAAACUUGACCCCAAAAAUCCUGUGGCUAACAACAAUGCUGCAGUGUGUCUGCUGUACCUGGGACAUUUGAAGGAGUCCCUGGGCCAGCUGGAGGGCCUGGUGAAGCAGGACCCUGCGCUCUACCUCCACGAGAGCGUCCUCUUCAACCUGACCAGCAUGUACGAGCUGGAGUCUUCUCGCAGCACCCAGAAGAAGCAGGCUCUGUUGGAGGCCGUGGCCUGUCGGGAGGGGGACAGCUUCAACACACAGUGUCUAAAACUGGUGUGACCGGAGGACGGUGGCACUUACUGCAGUGUCCUGUACUGUCACCCCCCUGUCCCUCACCCCCUCCUCAUAGUCUCCCUUUAGCUCACCAACUCCAGUGCAAGCAGUAGGCUUUGGUUUACACCCAAACUAAAAGACAUGCUUGGUGACUCAGGGGACCACUAGGGGUCGCUGGCAAUGAGACAUCAUGGCUGCCAGGUGUGCUGCUGUGCAUCGUUGUCAUAGCGUUAUCUUUCAUCACCACCCAGCUGGCCGCGGGCUCCGUCAUGUUUUAUGCAUUUUUAUGCUGCGCUGCGUGUUUUACACCAGAACAUUUAUUAUUUAUCCUGUUCCUCCUUUUACUACAUUCCAUCAUUUACUUUUUCCUCUUCUCUUGUCAACAGUCAGACAUGACGGUGGAGUCAGAGUGAGAGCCUGGCUAAGUGGCAUGUUCUCAGUAAUACAAGAGUGAAAUAUUCAGUAGAAAACUGGAGUUCUCCAAAGUUUUUAACCAGCCACUGAUCAUGUCAGUUUAUCAUUCUCUUUUCUUUCUGGCUCAAGGUCAUCUCACUACAAGUCUUCACUGGAGGCCUUUCAUAUUGAAAACUCGGUUUAACUUAGUUUAAUGACAGGAGACGUUGUUGAAACUAAGUCAAAUUUAUUUUAAAAAAUCUAAUAAGUAAAAAAUAAAAAUGGAUUCAUUCAGUAUAAAAUUUAACGUGGUUUCUGUCUUUUGAGUUUUCGUCCACGGCCGUAACUGUGUUUCUACUGAGUGACUCACUUCCAUCGCUGACGUCCUGCUGGUAAACGCAGGUCAGUGCGUCAGGUCCUCGGUUCAACACUCGACAUGGGCAUUAUUCUGAUCUUCAUUCAUCAGGUGAAACAUCUAAUAAACGGGGGAGGGGGAAGUCACACUGACCUCCACCGAGGGUUAGAUCAGCAAUAAGGUCGCCCUCUAAUGGCCAGUUGUAAGAAAUCAAUAUUCAAAUUUUUCAACUAAACCUUUGACAGUUGAAAACAAACAUCGAGGACAUAAAUAUACAAACUAGUACAUUUACUUGGAUUUUACCUCAUUCGCUAUAUAUUUGAAAGCAUAAUAAUUAUCACUAUUUACAAUAAAUUCUAAAUAGCAGUCGGGGUUAACUGACUCUGACGCAUCAUUUUUCCUCUUUUUGAUUAUUUUAGGAUUUUUCGUGACCACUUCUGGACUUGCAGUGUCGGAGUUGUUGUCGGUCGUUCCACGUUCUUAAUCAUCUCACACCUUUACUGUAAGGUGAUUCUACAGCUGUGAGGCUCUGGUGGGCCCCCUAAUGUGGCUUGACGGCCUGGAUCCGGCCCACGGGCCUUAGGUUUGACCUGUAUUAUAGUGCAGAAAUCCUGUGACCUGAACUUCUGAAGAAAAGAAAUGUUGGAGCUUCUGAUGAGCUGAUUGUCUCGACCGUUACUGUCUCUGUUGACCUGAUGUGUCUGUGACCGUUGUUUCUCCUCAUAAAUCCGAUCUUAUUUAAUGUCAUAUGUACAGCUUAGUAACCAUCUGAGUGUCGACAAACAAUACUAUAAUACUACACUGUACUAUAUGCUAUACUGUAAUACUGCAGUGUUAGAUUAGCUACAACUAUAUAAACAUACCUUAUAAGUAGGGAUGUCUGAUAUGAACUUUUUGUCGAUAUUCCGAUAUUGUCCACUUAAAUUCCAAUGCCAAUAUCAACCAAUACUGAUAGAGCGGGACAGUGGCGUCCUAGUGGUUAAGGAAGUUAAGUCUCACCUGCUCACUAAGGUGAUGAGGUUAAAGCAGUUUUUUCAACCCCACAAACCACU